AAAGAUGAUAUUAAUCUUGUUACUGGUUGUAACAUCUACACUGGUACCGUCCUCCUAUACGCAAGAAUACGAUGACUUAAGCGUUUUGACCAACUUUGACAUCGAAUAUUCGUCUGAUUCUCAUUCGGGCAACGGAGGUAAUGGGGGCGGAAGCGGUAAUGGCGGCGGCGGACAAUCUGGUUCAGCAGGAGGCGGCAAUAAAAAGCAAGGUCUCAGUGUUGGAAGCAGUUUGAGGAGUAUAGCAGAAGGAUCAUCCAAUACCGCAAAUGAUGCCGUCAACAAUCAGGAUGCUGCCGGUUAUCAGGCGGCUUAUGUUGCAAAAAAUACCUUGGCCCAAUCUGCAGCAGGAGCCUCAGCUACCGCCCAAGCUGCAUUAGCAGGGAAACAAAUUAUCCUUCAAGGGCUCGAACAGCAGUUUCGAGACGCUCAACAAGGGCUCAUGGGUGAACAACAGCAGCUCAUGCAGGCUCAACGUGCCGCAGACUCUACCAACCGCGCCGCUCAAGAAGCUAGAGCUCACGUCAAUGUACUCCAACAAACAUUAAACGCAGCUCAAGCUGCAGCCGACCAUGUGACUCAGGCCGCUUCCGAAGCUGCUGGAGAAUUGGCUGCCCAACAAGCUAUGGUGGGUUCAGCGCUACAGCGAUUAGACCAAAUAGGUCAGCAGUUGAAGAGUGUUAGAAUCGACUUCGAAGCCACUAGAACGGCUGCUCAGAAGGCUCAAGCCGCUGCUCAAGUGGCAGCAGCGAACGCGGCCGCAGCUGCAGCUAAGGCCGCGGCAGGAUUGGCCAAAGCCGCUCAGCUACCUCCCCCACCA